UUUUUUUUAAUUUUUUUCUUUCUUGUUUAUGUUCAUCAAUUAUUUUACAGUUAUUGAAAAAAUAAUGGAAGAUCCUACUUUGGCAUAUGAAGUUAUUGCUGGAAUGCAACCAAGAGUUCGAAAAUGGAAAGCUUUUCUUCUGAUUUUAUUUAUUUCAUUUUUCGAAUCACUUGCUCUACAUCCACUUUUCACUAUAAGCACUUCACUUUUAUUAAUUUUAUUUAUUGUUUUUGGUGUUCAUAAACGGGUUGUUGCUCCACGAAUAAUUGCAAAUAGAUGUAGCACUGUUUUGAGUGAUUUUUGUUUGAGUUGUGAUGAGCAAGGCAAAUUAAUUGUUCGUCCAGCUUAUUCCCCAGCUAUAUCACCAAUGAUUUCAAAACAAUCACCAACAAGAAUAUCAACAACAACAAUGCCCUCUCCUCCUUCCUCUCCUCAUUCUCCUUCCUCCUCUUCUCCAAUUUCAAAUUUAAAUGACGAAAAUGAAAAAAAUAAUUUAUUAUUAAAUAAUUCUUUAAAUGAAAGAAAAACAAAAAAAGAGGAAGAAAAAGAAAAUAAUAUUUUUAAUUUGGAUUUUACAGAUAAAAAUUUAAUUCAAACAUUUUAG